CCUCAAGAGUCAUGUCACACGCUUUAGCCUAGUAUAGGCUAUACGGUACCCUCAUGGGGCGUCUUCUCCAUGUCCAACUUUUACCCAUCUGGUGCUCGAAAAUCAGCUGAUGGCGGCGCACAGAGUCUGUGAAAGGGGCUGGUGAGUUGCUGAUUCUCGUCUUAUGUAAGCUUAGGUACCCUCUAUAGCUUCUAGAGUUGUCAAAAGAGUUGCUCGACUGCUCGAGGAAGAACGUCUGUGCACGAUGGUUACCUUCAUCCCUUCCUGUAAGAGUUUCUUUUCAAGUCACAUUCUGACGCUUGGGAUUGAGGCUUAGCGGUUUGAACAUUUCAAUCAACGCUUUGCUAGGGCUAUCAGAUGGUACAAGUAGAAAACAAUAGCGAAAAGAAGAGCAGCAAGAACAUAGUAGGCUGUGAUGAAUAGGUUUUGGGGAGGGCGGUGCCAGACCUAGGGUUCUGCCUGUUCCACUUGCUAUAUAUUGUGGAGCAUGGCGGUCUGGGUACCUCUCUGUCCUCCAGUCUUCCUGGAACUGUCGAUACCAAGGAGCUUGCGACCCUAUACUCCUUGCUAUCUUUUACCACGGGGCUUCAAGCUCGUCAGCUAUGGUCUCGGCUACACUAUUGGCCUUUGCAUAGCCCCUGCAGCCAUGACAGCCGCAGCGUUGGCAGGAUUCAUGGCAGCCAACAUGCUCCCUGAAGAGGACGGGGCCCCAGAUGCUCUGUAUGCUGCACUGUAUGGAGCACUUGGGGCAGGCUUCCUGGCGCUGGGCCCUAUGCCCCGCUGCAUAGGCGACAAGACAAUUCUUUUUGGGUUGCGCAUGUGCGCUGCGGCCAGGCAGGCCUUGGGCUUGCCAGAUGUAACAAGCAUCAGAAAGGGGAGCAGGCUAGUAGAGCCGGGCAAAGGGAAGGGGGAAAAAGCAGUGAGGCGGAAGCGCAGGGGAGAGUAUGAUCCAGAAUAUGACACACAUUGGGUGACUCUGGCUCCUGAGCUGGACAAGGAGAAGCUGCCGUUCGACCCGUUCUUUGAGUCCAUCCGAGCUCCCAGGUAUGUUGACUUCAAGAAACAAGGAGUUGACCUCAAAGGGGAGGACUUGCCAGAAGGCAUAGAAGACUUCACUUCAGACAGUUGGGACCAGGACGAGGUUGGCUGUUGGUUCUGCAAAGUGGGACUUAGGUGAGGGCGAAAGUCUGAGUAGGAAAAAGGCGCCAAUUUUAGUCAUAGGGGAUGUACAAUGUCGUCCUUCAAGUGGAGCAGUCUUGGAGGCUGAGGAGGUUGAGGUUCAGAAAGGUAUGAUGAUGCAGGUCUGGUCACUGAAUGCAACUUUAUUGCAAUCUUCUGUAGAAGUGAAGCAUGUAUAAUGACAUUAUUGGUGGAGAGGGCGAUUGGGAGGAGUCUGAUCGUUUCAAUUAGGUUUAGAACAGGCUGGUCGUAUGCAGCACAUGUGUAGCGCAGCUAAAAGGGACAGUAUGUUGAAGAGAUUCAUUGAGAAUGUAGCUCAUUCUUUCCAGGAUGUUGAACGGUGUAGAAGUUGGUUGGAGUAUGUAGGGCAUGAGACCUUUUAGUGCUGUUUUGUGGUUCAGCAUAUAGUGAGCCCUUUCUCUUUUGCGCUGUACCAUAAAAGGACUCUUCGAAGUGACACCACCGUGUCUCACCAAUUGAUCGGCUGCUGGUCACCAAUGGAGCCGAAUCCAAUUUGGGAGUUAUGGAUUCAAAUCUGCAAUAUACCAGGU